CGAAAACCCAACCGGUCCCGAAGCAUGGAUUGCCCCUAUCUGGACCAACACUCAUCCAGCUAUCAACACGUACGGGAUGGAGAGAGACGAAGCGGACGAGGCUCAAGGCCGAUUGGUCAUCCCCGGUGGCAGCAAUCUGCAGGUGACCGACCUCGCACCGAACGUCGCUGUAGGGAUGCAUCGAACCCCCUCGAUCGACUACAACAUUAUCGUAAAAGGCGAGGCCACGUUGAUUACCCCGGAUAGGAACGGCGGUACGGCGGAGACCCUGGCCAAACCAGGAGACGUCGUCGUACAACGGGGGACCUUGCAUGCUUGGCGAGCGGGUCCGGAAGGAGUACGGUGGAUUUGCGUGUUGAUAUCUGCCGAGCGUGUCAAGGGAGAGGACGGGAAAGAGUUGCCUGAUGUGGCCCUUUAGGCCGGGAG